AUGGGAAGGAAAUGCCACCGUCAUCGGUGGUGUGUGUGUGUGUGUGCUUCAUGCUACCGCGCUCUCUCCCUUCCCUUUGCUGGCAUCCGUUCUCCUGUUUGUGUCCCGCUCCUACCCCCUCCCCUUCCCCCCUCCUACGCACAUGCACACACGCAUGCACGCACCGUGUACCCCCCCUUCUCUCUUGUCUGCCUGUGCUCUCUCACCCUUUUCCAUCCCCAAUUCCAAGAAGUGUUCCUCAUCCGCGAGAGCGCGAGCAGGACGAGCCAUCGAGCCGUGGACGAAGCACCAAAACAGCGAGAAGAGGCCGUGCCAUUCAUCACCAUCCGCACUCGCGCACCCUCGAGGCUCUUUCGCCGAGAAGAGGCGUUGGCGCAACUGGGGAGUCAGUCGCCCGCGUGCACACGCGCCAUUCGGCCCUCCUGUUUCCAUUGCUGCUGCUCCGGCUGCGUGCCUUGUCCGAGUUUCAGUUGCCAUCCAUCUUUGGCGGGAGCUCGAUCUUCAAUAUUUUCUCUGCGGCUCUCUCCUGUCGGGGCAGGACGGAGGGUGGGGGGGAGGUUGCUGCCGAUUAAGGCACAUACACAUAUACACACGUGUGUGCGGGGUGGCAACAUGUCCGCUAGUGACUCACUGGGGCUGCUGAGAGAGGAGCAGCGCCGGCGCUUCGAGGCUGCCAAGAGAGACGGCAACACACCAGAGGUGCGCAAGUGCGACGCGUGCCAGAAGCCCACCUACUCCACCAACGUGUGCCCUGUCUCAGGGCUCUUCCACGACCUCGACAAGAAGAAGCUUAUCGGCGGCUCUGUCGUCACCUCCAACGUCAUUUCAUCGUCACACCUCAUGGCGGCUAUUGACCAGACACGCGUGAAGUGGGUGCCAAGUCGCACUCAGCUGGUGAAGGUGGAUGCCCAGUCCAUCAACAUCUUUCAGAGCUUCGUGGCUCAGAUGGAUUGGAGGCUGCAGCGCUACGCCAUCCUCUACGGUCUCUACGAUGAUGCCACGCACACAAUCGAAGUGCACGCCGUGUACGAGCCGGAGCAACAUGGCAGCACCUACACCUUUGAGCCCCUCCCGGACGCGCACUUGGACAAGGUAGAGAAGAUCGCCAAGGCACUGGGUCUGCGGCGCGUCGGGGUGGCCUGUACGCAUCCGAUGCGCGACCCGGAGGACAUCUUGCUGAACUUCCGCGAGCUGCUGCUGUGUGCCAAGGAGCAGUCUCGCUAUGGUGACGAGUGCGCUUUGCUCACUGUGGCACCGGCAGCCAUGCCGUCGACGAAGAGCGGAGACACGACAAGCGCCCCGGGUGAGUUCCCCGCCAGCUCCGUGGCGGCGUUGAGCGGUGCAACACCAGAGCCGACCAUCGUAGUCUCCUGCCAAGCCUGGCAGGCUUCGCCGCAGUGUGUCCACCUUUACCGUCUUGGGGUGCUGCAGGAGUCUCCGGGUGGCGAGGCGGCGCUGCAGGGCGUGGAGCAGGCGCGGCAGGUGCAUUGCACAAUGCCGUUGGAAGUGGCCCAGACGGACACUGAUCCAAGCGGGCACCAGCGGUUUGUCACCACGGCACCGAGCACCGAGAUCGACACGCGCUGGUUCACGAGCUACAUCGCAGUGCAACAGUUCGAGUCGCCCAUCGUCCGUGGAGCCUUCAUGCGACUCUCGCGGCCAGGCAUGCCGCCGCCGGCUCUGCAGAACCUGCGCAACUACAUCAGAGAUCCAAAGCGGAAGAGCAUGUCAUUUGCCGAGACGAUCGCCGACUUCCACGUGCUCGUGUACCUCCUGACGCAGAUCUUCACCUCUGACGACGAGCUUCGCGCUCUGUGCUCGGUGGCGCGCACCAAGAUGAUGACGGAGGAGGCGGCCAACUACCAGGCCAUCCUGCUGGGGCUGAUGUCUGCAUAA